AUGCCCGAGCCGCCGGCCUCGAAGCGCGGGCGCCGCCCAGACUCGGCGCAGAUGUGGGACGACAACGACCGCGGCAAGCAACCGUCGCGGCGAGGCAGAGCCGACGGGACUCACGCGCGUGUCCGGUCGCGGUCACCGCGGGACUCGGACCACCACGAGGGGGGCGGUGGUGGCGGUAGCCGCGGCGGACACAGCAGGCGCGGCGGCGGACGGGCGAGAGACCGGAGCGGAAGUAGGGAGAGAAGCGGAAGGAGGAGAGGCGGUGGAGGAGACGACCGCGCGCGCUCGCGCUCGCCAAGACCUAGCGAUGGCAACGUGCGCCGCCGCUCUCCGCCGAGGGGGCCGCGCGGCGGCGGCAGCGGCGGUGGCAGGGGAGAAGGACGGCAAGCGGCGGGUGCGGCGAAUCACGCAAACGGAAUGAAGAAGACCGCUGCUGCCGCUUCUGCGCCGCCCACGUCGGGCCGCACUCAGCCCAGCUCGCGGGAGUGGACGCGCAGGGUGCAAUCCCGGGCGGGAGUUACGGUUGCCGGGGGCAUCACGAACGGCGAGAAGGAUGGCGACAACCAGGCUGCAAUGGACGUGGAUGCCGGCGGCGAUUUGGACCCGGAGGCGAAGGAGAUGGAACGGAUGAUGGGCUUUUCGAGCUUCAGCAGUACGCAUAACACGAAGGUGCCCGGCAACGAUCUGAACUACGGCGUCAGGAAGGAGAAAAAGACGGAGUACAGGCAGUACAUGAACCGUGUGGGAGGUUUCAACAGGCCGCUCAGCCCGUCGAGGUAG